CGCCCAGGCCUGGGGUUUUUCUCCGGCCAAGACCCGGCUUUACUUCCUUCGGGGAGGGAGGCGUGAAAAGCCCGGGGCCGUGAGACGCUCAGCUCUGAAUGGGCUUUGGAAACUAGAGAAGAAAAUCCAGUUUCCUUUUUGGGGACAUUGGACAGCCGAGUAAAUGCAGUAUCUAAACAUAAAGGAGGACUGCAGUGCCAUGGCGUUCUGUGCUAAGAUGAGGAGCUCCAAGAAGGCCGAGGUGAGCCAGGUGGCCCCCGAGCCCGGCGUGGAGGUGACCUUCUACCUGCCGGACCAGGAGCCCCUCCGGCUGGGCGCGGGAGAGUACACGGCGGAGGAGCUGUGCAUCCGGGCAGCGCAGGAGUGCUGUAUCUCUCCUCUGUGCCACAACCUCUUCGCGCUGUACGAUGAGAACACCAAGCUCUGGUACGCACCCAACCAUGCCAUCACCGUGGACGACAAGAUGACUCUCCGGCUCCACUACCGCAUGAGGUUCUACUUCACCAACUGGCACGGGACCAAUGACAGCGAGCAGUCAGUGUGGCGACACUCGCCAAAGAAGCAGAAGAACAGCUACGAGAAGAAGAAGGCUCCGGAUGCGACCCCACUGCUGGAUGCCAGCUCGCUGGAGUACCUGUUCGCGCAGGGACAGCACGAUCUGGUCAAGUGCCUGGCGCCCAUCCGGGACCCCAAGACGGAGCAGGACGGGCACGACAUUGAGAACGAGUGCCUGGGCAUGGCUGUGCUGGCCAUCUCGCACUACGCCAUGGUGAAGAAGGUGCAGCUGCCCGAGCUGCCCAAGGACAUCAGUUACAAGCGGUAUAUUCCAGAAACACUGAAUAAGUCCAUCAGACAGAGGAACCUUCUCACCAGGAUGCGGAUAAAUAAUGUUUUCAAGGAUUUCCUAAAAGAGUUCAACAACAAGACCAUCUGCGACAGCAGUGUGUCCACACAUGACCUGAAGGUGAAAUACCUGGCCACCCUGGAAACUCUGACCAAACAUUACGGGGCCGAGAUAUUCGAGACUCCCAUGUUGAGAAUUUCAUCAGAAAAUGAGAUGAGUUGGUUUCGUUCGUCUGAUGGUGGAAGCACGCUCUGCUAUGAAGUGAUGGUGACCGGAAAUCUCGGGAUCCAGUGGCGGCAGAAACCCAAUGCUGUUCCUGCUGAGAAGGAGAAAAAUAAAUUGAAGCGGAAAAAACUGGAAAACAAACACAAGAAGGAUGAGGAGAAAAACAAAGUCCGUGAAGAGUGGAACAACUUUUCAUACUUCCCUGAAAUCACUCACAUCGUCAUCAAGGAGUCUCUGGUCAGCAUUAACAAGCAGGACAACAAGAACAUGGAGCUGCAGCUCUCUUCCCAUGAGGAGGCCUUGUCCUUCGUGUCCCUGGUGGACGGGUAUUUCCGGCUCACGGCAGAUGCCCACCACUACCUGUGCACCGACGUGGCUCCCCCGCUGAUCGUCCACAACAUACAGAACGGCUGCCACGGCCCAAUCUGCACGGAGUAUGCCAUCAACAAGCUGCGCCAGGAGGGCAGCGAGGAGGGGAUGUACGUGCUGAGGUGGAGCUGCACCCACUUCGACAACAUCCUCAUGACCGUCACCUGCUUCGAGAAGUCCGAGGUGCUGGGUGGCCAGAAGCAGUUCAAGAACUUCCAGAUCGAGGUGCAGAAGGGCCGCUACAGCCUGCAUGGCUCGGACCGCGGCUUCCCCAGCCUGGAGGAGCUCAUGAGUCACCUCAAGAAGCAGAUCCUGCGCACGGACAACAUCAGCUUCGUGCUGAAGCGCUGCUGCCAGCCCAAGCCCCGGGAAAUCUCAAACCUGCUGGUGGCCACCAAGAAAGCCCAGGAGUGGCAGCCCGUCUACCCCAUGAGCCAGCUCAGCUUUGACCGAAUCCUCAAGAAAGACAUCACGCAAGGCGAGCACCUCGGCAGGGGCACGAGGACACACAUCUACUCUGGGACGCUGGUGGACUACAGGGACGACGAGGGAACCGCGGAGGAGAAGAAGAUAAAAGUGAUCCUCAAAGUCCUCGACCCCAGCCACAGGGACAUCUCUCUGGCCUUCUUCGAAGCAGCCAGCAUGAUGAGGCAGGUGUCGCACAAACACAUCGUGUACCUGUACGGCGUUUGUGUGCGCGACGUGGAAAAUAUCAUGGUGGAGGAGUUCGUUGAGGGAGGGCCCCUGGACCUCUUCAUGCACCGCAAGAGUGACGUCCUCACCACACCCUGGAAAUUCAAGGUCGCCAAGCAGCUGGCCAGCGCCCUGAGUUACUUGGAGGACAAAGACCUGGUCCACGGAAACGUGUGCACCAAGAACCUCCUACUGGCUCGUGAAGGCAUAGACAGCGAGAUGGGCCCGUUCAUCAAGCUCAGCGACCCGGGCAUCCCCGUCACCGUGCUGUCCAGGCAAGAGUGCAUCGAGCGGAUCCCCUGGAUCGCCCCCGAGUGCGUGGAGGAUGCCAAGAACCUGAGCGUGGCCGCUGACAAAUGGAGCUUUGGAACCACGCUCUGGGAGAUCUGCUACAACGGCGAGAUCCCGCUGAAGGACAAGACGCUCAUCGAGAAGGAGAGGUUCUACGAAAGCCGCUGCCGGCCGGUGACGCCGUCCUGCAAGGAGCUGGCUGACCUGAUGACCCGCUGCAUGAACUAUGACCCCAACCAGAGGCCCUUCUUCCGUGCCAUCAUGCGUGACAUCAACAAGCUGGAGGAGCAGAAUCCCGACAUUGUUUCUGAAAAGAAACCAGCCGCUGAGGUGGAUCCCACGCAUUUUGAGAAGCGCUUCCUGAAGAGGAUCCGUGACCUGGGGGAGGGCCACUUUGGCAAGGUGGAGCUCUGCAGGUACGACCCUGAGGGGGACAACACCGGGGAGCAGGUGGCUGUCAAGUCCCUCAAGCCCGAGAGCGGAGGCAAUCACAUAGCCGACCUGAAGAAGGAGAUCGAGAUCCUGCGGAACCUCUACCACGAGAACAUCGUCAAGUACAAGGGCAUCUGCACGGAGGAUGGAGGAAACGGCAUCAAGCUCAUCAUGGAAUUCCUGCCCUCGGGAAGCCUGAAGGAGUAUCUUCCUAAGAACAAGAACAAAAUUAACCUCAAGCAGCAGCUCAAAUACGCCGUCCAGAUCUGUAAGGGCAUGGACUACCUGGGCUCCCGGCAGUAUGUUCACCGCGACUUGGCAGCCAGAAACGUCCUGGUUGAGAGUGAGCACCAGGUGAAGAUCGGGGACUUCGGGCUCACCAAGGCCAUCGAGACCGACAAGGAGUACUACACGGUCAAGGAUGACCGCGACAGCCCUGUGUUCUGGUACGCGCCGGAGUGCCUCAUCCAGUGCAAGUUUUACAUCGCCUCCGACGUCUGGUCCUUCGGCGUGACCCUGCACGAGUUGCUCACCUACUGCGACUCGGACUCCAGCCCCAUGGCCUUGUUCCUGAAGAUGAUAGGCCCGACCCAUGGCCAGAUGACAGUCACCAGACUUGUGAAUGCCUUGAAGGAAGGAAAACGCUUGCCGUGCCCCCCGAACUGCCCCGAUGAGGUUUAUCAGCUGAUGAGAAAAUGCUGGGAAUUCCAGCCAUCCGGCCGGACCACCUUCCAGAGCCUUAUUGAAGGGUUUGAAAGGCUUUUAAAAUAAGCAGCAGGAGUAACAUUGAAAGCCCACUCUGUAUCCAGCCCUCCUGCCCCAGCAAAUACCCAAGACAUUUAAAGUAAUGGGAUCGCUUGUGUCUGUCGGGAGAGCCCUCAGACUCUCGGGUGUGUACGCCUGUAAGGCACACUGGGGUGCCAGUCGUGUAUAGAAACUUCCUCUCUGAAUCGGGCACCUCUGAAACUCAGUGACAGAUGAUGACAGCCAGAACGCCGGGACGCCCGUAAGCUCUCCUCUCGGAGAGGACACCGGGGUCCAGCUCGUUUGCCAUCCAGUCACUUAGCAAAGUGGGAUUGCUGCAGGUGGACGGAAGCCCAGGCUUAGACGGUGCCGGGGACCCGAGAUACUCUGUGGGCAUUAACCUUAGGCAAGAACGAUGGCCUCGGUGGCCAGGGCUGCCGACCCGCCCUGAGUGCUCUGCUCUGAGGUCCCAGACCGUCCGGUGCGUUCCGUCCCUGGUGGGAGCUGUCCCCACUGGCUGCUGGCACCGUUGUCGCGCCCACUGGCUCUGCUCGGGGCCUGCAUGGCAUCUGUGCCCUGCUGCAUGUGACUUCCGAGAGCCUGCCCUGCCCUGCCCGUGCUGUCCCAGCAGCCUGCUCCAGCUGGUCUCCUGGCCUGGAUGCUGUGACGCACGCUUUAAAGAUGCAACCAGCUCGGAGCCAGCGUUUCCGGCCCUGACUGCAGAUGCUGUGUGCAGGGCUCACCCCAGACUGCGCUGCUCCUACGCCUGUCUGCAGGGCUGCUGUCCUGGCCGUCUGCCUCCCUGUGUUGCGGCACUCAGGAGAAAAGACCCGGCUGGCGGCGCUCUAGUUCUGGACCCACUGUGUAGUCCAUGUGUGUGGGACGGCAGCCAGGAGCCUCAGCUGGUCGGUCUCUGAUUCAAUGUGAACCCGUAAGCGCUGUCUGACCGCAAGUCCAACGGCCUUCAGCUAAUGCAGUCCAGUGUGUGUCCUGUGCCUUCCCUUCACCUUCUGCACUCGCCCUCCAGAGAGCGGUAAGAUUGCUUUGGGGCUCUGAGAUCAGUCCCCUUUCCCUACAGCAGCAACCUCUCUGUGUCAAACCUGUGGCCACUCUGUAUGCACUUUGUUUACUCUUUAUACAAAUAAAUGUACGGACGACUUUACAUGCAUGUACCUUUUAAUCUGGUGUUCC